AUGGCGGUGAUUAACAGGUUCCUGUGCUGGAACCUCCGAACGUCUGUGCUGGUGGGCUAUGGCUUCGUGAUCAUAACUGGUGUGUUUUCCCUCGUGAUGCGAUUAAUUGAUUUGAUCGCCACAGGAACAGAUUUCGAAAUCAGCCAAGGAUUCCAAACACCAUGGAGAUCACAUUUCUGGCAAGCAUUUUUAGCCAGUGAUGUGGUACUGACAUUUGAUUACGUGGUUAUGAUACUGUUCAGUGCCUUCAUGUUACUUCAAGUCAGAGAACGGCAUUUUGUGAUGUACAUGGGUGCUCAUCGAUGGUACAUUGUCUGUUUCUUCAUCUACCAGUUUGUAGAAAUCUGCUUCUCAAUUUUUGAAUUUUCAUACUAUGGCAUGAACACCUUUAGACUGAAGUACAUAGUGUGGACAUGGCUCUUCUGGGUGUUCAGGACUCUUGUUAAUGGAGUUUUCUUUGUUAUACUGAUUGCCAGAAAGCAAGAAAUGGGAGAACAGAUGGAUAUGGAACUGCGGUUUGCCGGAGAACGGAAACGACCUGGUUUUGGAUAUUAGAGACCUCCCAUGCCAAAUUUUUGUCUUCUCUGUACUUACUUUGUAAACUACAAGAUAAACAAGAUCUUUUAACAUUAUGCCAUUUCUAGAAAUGGAAGAAACACACAAGGAAGUAUAGCUGUUCAAAAAGAGAAGAUAUAAAUGGAAGUAUCAGGAUAUAUUUACCAGAUAUAACAUUUAUAGUACUAAAAAUAAGGUACAUGUUUUGCAUUCUGAAAUAAUGUAGUUUUAGUUAUCAUAGCCUGUACUUAAAUACUUUGGCCUAAUUUCAGGAAAUCAUACUUAAUUUUGAAAAAGAAAUGUAUAUCAUACAGAAAUCAAGAGUUUGAUUAUAUAAUAAUUUUACAUGGAAGAAAGAAUGUGAAACAUUUAUGUUUAUGGCAAUAUAUAGUUCUCUAAAGUACAUGUGUAAAUAAUCAUCACAGAUUUCAUCUUAUAAUUCAUUGUAGUUCUACAAUGUACUGUGCUUAGGUCAUCAUUGUAGAAAAACACAUCUACGGUAUGUAAUUGACUUCUGUUUUAAAAGGUGAAACUACGCUUUUGUUACCAGCAUGUGAAUCUCAAGAUAUGAUGAUGUACAAAUAGAACGCUGGUCCUCACAAAAUUCUGAAAGACCUUCUUAAGAAUGAUUCAUUUUAUAAUCUUUUAAAUCAAAAAUUAUUUUUUUCAUUACAUUUCAUUUGAAUUUUUCUUCAAGAAUAUUUAAGACCCAAGAAGUUAAAUGUGAUGAAUUGAAAUACUAGGUA